AGAAGGUACACUUCAGUCUUAAAUAUGAACUCUGCAUCUCAAUAUAUGAGACAUGGACUGGCUAAGAGUACAAUUAAAAUGUAUGACUCUGCAUGGUCCUAUUUCACUUCAUUCUGUGCGACUUUCUCUGCUCCUGUCAUGCCUGUUAACAUCCCGAUGAUUUGUGCUUCCAUUGUUCACUGUUUUAAAUCCCGAAAAAUGCAACCUUCUUCCAUCAAAGCAUACGUAGCAGGUAUUCAGUUUAAUUUUAGAUGUGCGGAUCCCUCAGUACGUAGCCUGCUCUGGGAUUUCUCCAUACACCUCCUCUUCAACGGCCCCAAAAAAAGAGCAGCCAGGUGUCUCACCUUAGGCAGGGGUGUUUUGGAUCUUAUGCGGAUGCAUAACUGGAAUCGGUCUUCUUCACUGCAUUUUACGGGUUCCUCAGGUGCGGUGAAUACACUACUAGCUCAGACUCCUUUGAUCCUUUGCAUGAUCUUACCAUUUCUGAAAUCACUGUAGACUCUGACAUGUAUUCCAUCCACAUUAAACAUUCCAAAACACACAGGGAGGGUAAAGGUUCAACUGUCUUCAUCUCCCAAACUAAAACUGCUUUCUGUCCUGUAUCUUCAAUGAACCUGUACCUGCAACGGCAUCCUCGUGUGAGGCAAGACCAACCGUUGUUCCUGACCGGCAAAGGAAAGGCCUUGUCAAGGUCAUGGUUCUCCUGUGCCAACGAUGUGGACUCCCCCCUCAGCAGUACACCUCUCACUCCUUCCACAUCGGCGCAGCAACAUCCGCAGCGGCCUUGGUUCCUACUUCUACUCUCAAAGCCAUGGGUCGCUGGUCUUCUUCAGGCUACGAACGUUACAUUCGCCCUGGAGUAAAUGAGAUCAUCUCGGCUCAAAAGGCCAUGAGUGCUAACACCUAACGAGACCAAUUCCUCACUGCGUAAUAAUAAAAAUGCUGCAUUUGAAAGUGGUUGGCUGGGGUUCAUUUCACAUAUUUUAGUAGCAUGCUUACUCUUUGCGAAAGCAUUAGGGUUAGCCAAAGCCUGCAGCAAGCCUGCUGUUUCACCUAGACAUUUCACAUAACUGCUGCAUGCUUGCUGCCACACAUAUAUAUUCACAUAACUGCAGCAUGCUUGCUGCCACACAUAUAUAGUCACAUAACGGUAGGUGACUUAUCAUAGGCGGCAUGCUUGCCUCCCUCCCAAAAGCAUUUGGGAUUGCUGAGGUCUGCAGCAUGCUUGCUGCUACACAUACAUAUUUCACAUAACGGUAGGUUGAUCUCUCGCGGGCGGCACGCGUACAUUCCUCCCAAAAGCGUUUGGGAUUGCUAAGGUCUGCAGCAUGCUUGCUGCUACACAUAGAUAUUUCACAUAACGGCAGGUUGACCUCUCACGGGCUGCAUGCUUGCAUCCCUCCCAAAAGUAUUUGGGAUUCCUGAGGUCUGCAGCAAGCUUGCUGCUACAUAUAGUAUUUUCACACAGUCCGGCUGAUGCCUACCAUGGGCAUUAUUCAGCACGGCGCUUGGUUCCGUUGUUUUGGGGGAUUUCUGCAUUGCGCUCCCUGUCUUAGCCUAGCAUGCGCUUUACUAAAUACAGGGAGCAUUAUCGAGAGCGGAGCCAUCAGCGCCAAACAUAACUGUAUUUCCAUUUGUUGCAAUAAAUGGUUAAAUCUAUGACGAGAGUGUUCCUGACUGAAAUGAAGCUUCGCGGUAGUUCAUGCAGGGCACGGUAGUCAUACGCCCGGGCCACAAUCGGCGGGCAGCCCGCUGAUUGAACAAUUGCCACGAGCCACGAACCAAUCUCAGCCCAUCCUCACUCAAGCAGGUUCACUUAAAUAUGACUCCCCCCGCACUGAUCUCCGCACACCUAUGCUAUCACACACGCUGCUGCUGGCAAAGCUUACCUCCUCCACCCCAGCCUCCACCUAUCUACUUUAGUCCUAACAUGUCUCAAAAAAUUAAGAAUGGUAUUCAAUGUGUUACACGGACCCACUCUCAUAUACCCACGGGGGGAUUUCUGCAUUGCGCUCCAUGUCUUAGCCUAGCAUGCGCUUGGCUCCCUGAUCCGAACCAGUUUGUCCUCUACACGAAGGGCAAGUGGCCCUCUAAAAAUCUGAAUACUAACCUACAGUCAGCCUGGAAGGACAUUGGGUUGGUCGGGGUGAUUAAUUUCACCCUCAUAAGGACGGCUGUGGCUACUUAUUAUGCAAAAAAGUCACAAAAUCCAAAGGACCGAAGGAAAGUGGCUGACUUCAUGUGUCAUGACACCAGAACGGCCGACAAAUUCUAUGUGGCCAACCCUGACCACUGUGAGGCAGAGGAAGUCAGGGCCCUGGUGAGCCAGAGCCUCCAUGUGGGCACCUCAGGAGACAAGGAGAAAAAGCAGCAGCAGCAGGAGGAGGAGGAGGAGAUGGAAGUCGGCGUUGACGUCGGCGAGGGCGGCAGCAGCAGCAGCAUCGAAGAGGACAAGGCGGCCCACUCAUCUUCCUCAGCUAACCCACCGCCACAGGAGGUCGAGGAGGAGGGCACACCAAAAAAGAAAAAGAUGAAAAGGAGAUGUAGAGUUGUCAUAAGUCCAUUUAAGUCUAUCCCAGACAGGAAGACGACAACUGAGCAAAGUAAGCAGAGGAUGAGGGUGAAGAGGCUCAGAUUCCCCCCCAAGAAAUACACUUAGGGAUUGUUUGAUGUUUGUGUGAUGUUUUGAUUGUUUUAUUGUGUGGUGUUUUAAAGCUUUUAUUGUGUGGUGUUUAGCUUUUAGAGAUUGUUUGUUUUAUUGUGUGGUGUUUUAAAGCUUUUAUUGUGUAGUGUUUAGCUUUUAGAGAUUGUUUGUGUGAUGUUUUAAUUGUUUUAUUGUGUGGUGUUUUAAAGCU